AGGAGUCGCAAAAACGCUGUGGCUUUCGUGGAUCAUCCACUCUUGGAAUUCCUUACGACUCAUCACAGGAGCCAAAAUCAGGGUUGGGGUAUGACUUCAGCCACAUUGCAAUGACCUACACUGCUCUUAGCUCCUUACUUGUUCUUGGUGACGACUUAUCGAGGGUCAAUAAAAAUGCAAUAAUUACAGGUCUGCAAGCAUUGCAGAAAAGCAAUGGAUGCUACACUGCAACUCUUAAAGGCAGUGAGAGUGAUAUGAGGUUUAUAUACUGUGCUAGCUGCAUCUGUUAUAUCUUGAAUGACUGGAGGGGAAUGGACCAAAACACUGCCACGGAAUAUAUCAAGAAAAGUUUUGUAUGUCAACAAAUAUUAUUGUAUUUGUUACCAGGGUUAAGUUCUGGUUUGUAAAGUAAAAGGGUUAAGAAUGAAGGGAUAGGCUGCAGUUCCUUGAUUAGUUGAAGUAACAAAAAAACUCUUUUUUCUAUUGGAAAGUAAAGCCAGGUACCCAUUACGCAUGACGGUCAAUUCUAUAGAGAACGCAAUGCCACGAUUGAUCUAUUUUAAUGGCUAUAGUUGAGACUGUCGCCAACAAUCAGCAGACGCCGUUGCUUGUUCAGCACUCGCAGUUGGAGU